GAUGUCAGAUCCAAGACAAAACAAAACCAGGGGUCCGGGGGAUUCCGCGAGCCUGAGGUUGUAAAUCUGGGACCCCCGUGGACGUGUAAGCGGGCACUUAUCAGGGUGGAUUGGCCAACCAUUGGGGGGGCGGGCUGGCAGCCGGGCUGAUAAGAGAGUCGCGACGCCCGAUAAAUAGCCUCCCUGCCCAGCCCGCCCCGUGGAGAAAAAUCACCCUCUGAUGGCGCGCCUCUGACGUUCGAUAUGCCGAGGACUCGUCGCUAGCAUCGAGGCUAAGUAACAGUUGCUACUAUGCAUGUGGUUCACGGCCCGGGUAGACGCACGCGAGAUAGGAAGUAUUCCAUCUUGUAAGGCAGAUGACAAAUCUACUCCGUACCCUGCGGGUCUGGGGAGCAGGGGCUGUGAUGCCGGGGAGAAACCAACUUCACGAUCCGUAUCUGUGGAUCCCGAAUUUACGUCGAGCUUGACGCAAGACACCAUCGGUUCUCUUCUAUUUUUGGGUCCUUUUUUUCUUCCUCGGCUUCGUUCUUUUCACACGACCUCUUUCGUUGUCGUUACUGUCAAUGUAGUAGCCAUAUUGUUACCAAGCAUUCCUCGUCCCUCGGCGAAGAGCCGGCGAGGUGAAGAGAGAGGGAGGGUUGAAAGAAGGAUUCGCCCUAAAAAAUAUCGGAAUAGUUUCGUCCGGAGCCGCCCAGCCGCCGUUCCACUCUGCCCUCGAGGCAUCACCCGUAGCCGUCGCCGUUUGGCAAAGGCUUAGGAUGCUUAGGAUGCUUAGAUCGGUGGAUCACUUGAAAAACAAGACCUAAACGGGCUGUCGUGGUCCGCCUGGUUAAU